UCUUGACUUACCACCCUCGUAUCCGACACCUCGAGCUUAGCUCGCCCUUAAUCUUACCUUGGUAACCAAUGCGAUGCCAUCAAGUUUUCUCUCCAUCAGCAAGCUAUCCACUCCUGAGUCUCUCAAUCCUCGAUGAUUAGAACCUUCACCACGUCCCAAUCUGAGCCUCCUUCCAGCUCAGAGAGCAAUCCGAGAUGCCGAACUCGCAGUCCUAGUCCUAGCGAUCAAUUGCACGCCCGAAAACGACGGCGGCAGAGCCGACAAUCCAGGUUCAGCCCGCCGUUACUCGCGAAUAGACCUCGCUCAGCGAGCAGCAUUGGAACAAGUAUCAGCCAAUAUUACGGAGUCGGCGACGAAGAUACACUCGGAAAUCUCUUCGCAUCUUAUCCACAGACCUUUUCAACCGCUCCACAGCCCCAUGGAUCGCAAGGGCUUCAUGAGCCACCAUGGGAGCUCCGUUUCGAUUACGAGAUACACCUUUCGAAUGACUUCCUAACCCAAGGAAGACGGCAGCAGCAAGUCAGAAUCCCUAUACCAGGGCCAGAAACCGACCCACUACCUUCCUCCUCUCCGCCUCAAUCAGCACGGGAGCAAUCGUCACCCACAAAGGCCGAGUUUCAAUCUGCCCUGAAGCUAGUACGAGAAGUGAUUGGGACGGAUCGGAAGCUUACCCUCGAGCUCGCUCGGUCAUACGAGCGAGUACGCCAAUGGCGAGAGAAAUGGGGUUACUCGCCACUCAGUUCAGAUGCGCUUGAAUCGCCUCCUCCCUACUCACCGCCCCGAGAGUCGUCCACCCAAGCAGUAUCCCCUCAAAAGAUCAGAUCUUCUCCUCUUCGAAUUUCCUCGUCCCCUGCCCCCGACCCGAUCCCGAACCCACCGAUCCCAGGCGACCCAGCGCCGUCAGCCGAAGCUCUAUUUGACUUGAUAAACACCUUUGCGAAAGAGAGUGGCUUUGGUAUUGUCCGACGGAACGCCUACUCAUAUAACGGUCGGAGGAUGAGAUAUUCUUUCCAAUGUGACAGAUACGGAGAACCACGGCCUAGCAGAGGUGCAGGUCUUCGGCAACGGAAGUCCCGGAAGUGCGGAUGCAAGUGGAUGGUGAUAGCCGAGGCUCUAGAAGAGGGCGAGUGGCUCCUACGACAACACCCAAACCCGGAACACAGUCAACACAACCAUGGGCGUAGUAUUAGACCGUCUGCGCACCCUUCCCAUAGACGGCUGACUACACCCAUCAGGGCAACCAUUGAGUCGACAAGCCGUCGGGUCGGUAUCCGGGCCCGUGACGUACGGGCUGUGGUCCAAGAGCAACACCCCGAAUCAACCUUCACGCAGAGGGACAUCUAUAACGCCCGGGCUCUCAUCAAUCGAGACAAGUUGAAUGGCUACACUCCCACUGCAGCACUGAUCAAGCUAUUUGAUGAGAUGGACGUUCCUUACGUCGUUAAGUGGGCGGAUGAUGAGCCAAGCCGCCUCGUUGGCCUUGUCUGGACCUUUUCCUACUGUCUCAAGAUGUGGAAGCGGUUUCCCGAGGUCAUCAGCUUCGACAACACAUACAACACCAACCGCUUCAAGCUUCCGUUAUUCCAGGCAACAGGACAGACUUGCCUUGGUUCUGUCUUCAAUGCGGCUUUCGGUCUGAUCGACAACGAGAGACGGGAGGGGUUCCAAUUCCUCUCUGAGAGUAUUCGACAACUGGCAGAGCAGCACUCCAUUUGCCAACCGGACGUCAUCGUUACCGACUUCGACGAUCAGAUGAAGGCCGCCCUGAAUGAUCAGUUCCCUGAUGUACAGCAGCAGCUCUGUAUCCACCACAUCAAUUCGAACGUCCUGCUCAAAUCAAAGCAAAAGUGGGUCAAGGGCCGCAGUAGUAGCAGUAGUCCCGACAGCAGCGACGAGGAUAAGUCUACUCCACAGGUACGGGCUGAGCUUAGCCCGAAAGACCGACAGUUAGUCCACGCGUCGACAUCUGAGGACAUCCCUCAUAGUUAUCGAGGGGUUCUCAUGAUGUGGAAGCUCGUCUUGUUUGCCGAGACUGAGGACGCUCACGAGAAGGCGUGGAGAAACCUCUGUAGGGAAUUUGAUGACCAGCGGGCUAUCCUCCGGUAUCUCCAUGGAACCUACAUGCCUGUAAGGGCCCAGUGGGCACGCUGUUUCAUCCGCAAGUAUCGCAACUUUGGCAUCCGCGUCACCUCUGGCACAGAAGCAAGCAACAACAACAUCAAGAGCUACCUUCUAAACGGUAUGAGCCACCUGUAUCGACUUGUCGAAGCUCUGCAGGACAUGAU